AUGACCUCCCCAGAAAUCUGGCGGUCUGGGCCUCCACCUUUCCCCUACUUAGCUCUUGGGACCCCACCCACCCCCUGGGUAGGGGGAGGCUGGGUGGGAAGGGGCGUGUGCCAGCGCACGCGCGCUCCCGGAAAGGAGAGGUUUUAGAGCAAGAACGAGAGGCCCCAGUUUUUCGGGAAGAAAUAUCUGGGGUGUUUACGAAGAAGCUGGAGCCAGACGGUGGCGAGUCGGAGAGAGGGUACCAUGGCCGCUCUCCUGCUGCCCCUCCUUCUGUUGCUGCCGCUGCUCUUGCUGAAGCUGCACCUCUGGCCACAGCUGCGCUGGCUCGCAGCAGAUCUGGCCUUCACCGUCCGCGCCCUCCGCUGCAAACGAGCUCUCCGAGCCCGCGCCUUGGCCGCAGCUGCCGCCGACCCAAAAAGUCCCGACGGGGGCUGCAGCCUUGCUUGGCGUCUGGCGCAGCUGGCCCGGGAGCGCCCUGCACACACCUUUCUCAUUCACGGCGCAAGGCGCUUCAGCUAUGCGGAGGCGGAAUGCGAUAGUAACCGGGUGGCGCGCGCCUUUUUGCGCGCGCGGGGCUGGGACGGAGGACCCGGCAGUGGUGGUGGUGGCACUGAGCGUGCCAGGGAAGGCGAACGGCAGGCGCAGGGAACAGGAGACGCGGCCGGAAGCCGAGCGGCGCUGGCUGAGUGUGAAGGAGAUGCUACAGCCAGAGUUGGAGAAGUCGCAGCCCCUCUGGAGCCCGGGGCAACAGUGGCGUUGCUCCUCCCCUCUAGCCCAGAGUUCCUAUGGCUCUGGUUCGGUCUGGCCAAGGCUGGCCUAUGCACUGCCUUUGUGCCCACCGCCCUGCGCCGGGGCCCCCUCCUGCACUGCCUCCGCAGCUGCGGCGCGCGCGCGCUGGUGCUGGCGCCAGAGUUCCUGGAGUCCUUGGAACCUGAUCUGCCUGCUCUAAGAGCCAUGGGGCUCCGCCUGUGGGCUGCAGGCCCUGGAAAAUUGCCUGCUGGAAUCAGUGAUUUACUGGCUGCUGCCUCAGCUGAAGUGGAUGGGCCAGUUCCUGGGUACCUAUCGGCCCCUCAGAGCAUAAUGGACACCUGCCUGUACAUCUUCACCUCUGGCACCACAGGUCUCCCCAAGGCUGCUCGCAUCAGUCAUCUGAAGAUCCUGCAGUGCCAGGGCUUCUACCAUCUGUGUGGUGUUCACCAGGAGGAUAUCAUCUACCUGGCCCUCCCACUCUACCACAUGUCUGGCUCCCUGCUAGGCAUUGUGGGCUGCCUGGGCAUCGGGGCUACAGUGGUGCUGAAGUCCAAGUUCUCAGCUGGUCAGUUCUGGGAGGACUGCCAGCAGCACAAUGUGACGGUGUUCCAGUACAUCGGGGAGUUGUGCCGGUACCUUGUCAACCAGCCCCCGAGCAAGGCAGAGCAUGACCAUAAAGUCCGGCUGGCAGUGGGCAGUGGGCUACGUCCAGACACCUGGGAGCGUUUUGUGCGGCGCUUUGGGCCCCUACAAGUGCUGGAAACAUAUGGAAUGACAGAGGGAAAUGUAGCCACUUUCAACUACACAGGACAGCAGGGUGCGGUAGGACGCGCCUCGUGGCUUUACAAGCGCCUGUUCCCCUUCUCUUUGAUUCGCUAUGAUGUCACCACAGGGGAGCCGGUUCGGGAUGCCCAGGGGCGCUGUGUGGCCACAUCUCCCGGUGAGCCAGGGCUGCUAGUGGCUCCCGUUAGCCAGCAGACCCCAUUCCUGGGCUAUGCCGGGGGCCCAGAGUUGACCCGGGGAAAGCUGCUGGAGAAUGUCUUCCGACCUGGGGAUGUUUUCUUCAACACUGGGGACUUGUUGGUGUGUGACGACCAAGGCUUCCUUCGCUUCCACGACCGUACUGGAGAUACCUUCAGAUGGAAGGGGGAAAAUGUGGCCACAACCGAGGUGGCUGAGGUCUUAGAAGCCCUGGAUUUUCUUCAGGAGGUGAACGUCUAUGGGGUCACUGUGCCAGGACACGAAGGAAGGGCUGGAAUGGCAGCCCUGGUGCUGCGUCCCCCCCACUCUCUGGACCUUGUGCAGCUCUAUACCCACAUUUCUGAGAACUUGCCACCUUAUGCCCGGCCUCGAUUCCUAAGACUCCAGGAAUCUCUGGCCACCACAGAGACUUUCAAACAGCAAAAGGUCCGGAUGGCAAAUGAGGGCUUUAACCCAAGCUCACUGUCCGACCCACUCUACGUUCUGGACCCAGCUGCGGGUGCCUAUCUGUCUCUCACACCUGCCCGGCACAGUGCCCUCCUGGCUGGGGACCUUCGCAUCUGA